AUGUCAUCGAAGAAUAGAUCAAUAAGUGAUUCUUCAUUUUUCAAAAAAUUGAAGUUGUCAAAUAUUAUUCAUUCAAAGAAUAAUAGUUCGAAUAAUAAUAAUCAUAACAAUAAGCAUAAACAAAAGAAGAGAGACUUAAAACAAAACUCAUUACCAAAUAGAAGGAAAUCAAGAAAAUACGAAUCUGUAGACGCAUUGAUAAGACCAUCAAUAUCAUUAAGACGAUCAGGGAAAGGUCAUCAUGAGAUUGCGAAGAGAAGAAUCUCGGCUGAAUUCAUUAACAAUGAUGGGGAAUUUAGUUAUGCUCCAAGUAAGAGAACAAGCCAAUUUGAAUUACCAGAUAUAGUCUCUGUGAAAAGUAAUAGAACAAAGAGAACUCGUUCCCUACGUGAGGAUGAAGAAGAUUUUAAUAAUAAUAAUACAGACACAAUUAAUACUAACAAUAAUAAAGAUGAUAUUUCUAGUAAGGGUAGUAGUGCCGAGAAGGAUUUAGAUUUUUCUUUUGCUCCAAGAAGAUCAUUACAUGGUGCUACUGGUAAUGGAAUGAAAAGAAUUAAUACUGCACAUGGAUUUUUCAAUAUCCCUGUAACUAUAGAGAAUCACAAUGAAAAGAAUCCGGAUAUUUAUUUAAGAAAUAAAAAAACCAAUAACUCUUUACCAGAUUUUUAUACAAAUAAAUCAAAAUCGGAAAGUAAAUUGGAACAACAUACAACAACAGAUCAAACAAAUAAUAAUGAAAAUAAUUCUAAUGAUGGUAUUUUCGGUACUCUCUUAUCAUUCGCUCACAGUGCAAUGAAUCAUAUACCAAGAAUAUCCAUCGAAGAACCAAAUAACAAUAAUGGGAACAAUAGUAGGAACAUAACGGACAGAUCUAAUAGCCCCGAAAUCUUGGCCUUGAUGAACAACACUACCAGUAAUAGAAAUAGUAAUGAGCCAAUAAACCCAAGAAACUCGAAAUUGGUAGGACAAUCAAACAGCAAAGAGGAUAGUCCAUCGAAUGAUACUGGAAUAAAUGAUACUGUGAUACACAAUCCAGCAAAUAAAAGUGCCCCACCUAUCAACAGAAGUACAUCCUUCUUAAAACAUUUAGAUUAUUUGUUGUCAGCAAGUAAUCAAAACAAUAGCAAUAGUAACAACGAAUCCUCUCGUAAUAGUACUGAGGUUCCCAGAAAUCAUAUACAUUUGUCGCCAAUAAAUGAUGCAACGAAUAUUUUAUCUAAUAACCUGUUAAGUCCACCUACCCAUAAUAAAUUUAGGUUGACAACACCUGCAUCCACUGAAUCAAGAUUUUCUGUCAACUCUAAUGAGGAAUCAGCUAAUAAUGCUCCUUUAAACGAAGAUAUAGUAAAUAAGGUAAAAUUUGAACCUUUGAAAAAUAUUCCACCGGCAAUAUCAUCUCUAGGGAAAGGUAACUUAACUCUAGAUGCAUUUGAUAGUAACCCAAAUAUUGAAGAUACUAUAACCUCCAACAUUAAUAUAACAAAUAGCCAGAAUAAUGAAAGUCAAGAGAGAACAAACAACAAUAACCACAACAGAGAUGGUAGCUUCAACUCUCCAGUACUUAUGUCACCAAAUGAUAGCCAUAACAACACAGAAAACCAACCUGUAACAUUCGAAGGAUUAGAUAAAACCAAUGUCAGGAAUAGUAGUUACGUUAACUUGACAAAACAAGAAUCCUUGGAGGAAAUGCUAAAAAAAAGUAGAGCUAGGAGUAAAACUUUACCUGCACAUGAAGCUAACGUACAACAGGAUGGUGACAAAAACAACAAAGAAAAGAGAAACUCCAGAUAUUCUUCAGUUUCAAAUGACGAAGCAAUGAACGGUACAACAAACCCACGUAAAUCUAGAACAUUAUCUAGAAACUUUUUGAAUAGAAGAUCAUUUUCUCCAAAUAUUAAUAUGAAAGUACCAAUUCCCGGUAUAUCAUUAAGAAACUCAAUCAAUAGAUAUAGAAACAGCAAUGAAAUUUUAGAUCAGCCUAGGCCUAGAACUAGCACAAAUCUCUCGGGUUCAUUGACACCCGUUAUGGGUAUCAAUGAUGACAAUUAUAGAGAAUUAGAAGGUAUCGAAUAUGUUAACGAAAAAAGAAAUACAGACUUCCAUAAUCUAUUUAAAGACGUCGGUUUGAACCCUAAUGAGAAAUUAAUUAUCGACCACAGUUGUGCACUAUCAAGAGAUAUUCUUUUACAAGGUAGAAUGUAUAUAUCAGACCAACACCUGUGCUUUUACUCUAAUAUUCUGGGUUGGGUUAGUACUGUUAUUAUCCCAUUUAACGAAAUUGUUCAGAUUGAAAAGAAGACUACAGCUGGUAUAUUCCCAAAUGGUAUUGUCAUAGAUACUUUGCAUACGAAAUAUAUUUUCGCCUCGUUUAUUUCAAGGGAUGCAACCUUUGAUUUGAUAACGGAUGUUUGGAAUCAAAUCAUCUUAGGAAAGAGACAUAUUCGUGAUAAUGAUGACGAUUUUGAUAGUGAGUUAUUAAGUACGUACAGCAGCAACGGAAAUUUAAGUCAAGGAAGUGAAUUUUAUGAUGACGAUAAUGACUCUGAUUUGCAUGAUACUGAUAUGACUUCCAGUGAUGAUAUAGAUGACGAUAUAUUUGCCGACAUAUCUGGUCCCAAAGCUACAAAAUCAUCCUUUUCUUCUAAAUUAGGUCCUGUUAAGCAUGCCUCCACAACUGCUAAUUAUUCGCCAGCAGAAAAUGAAAAAUUGGUAGGCGAAACAGUUGUUAAAGGCUCAUUAGGUAAGGUUGCUGCUAUUUUGUUCGGUGAUGAUGUUGCCCCCUACGAACAGAUUUUGAAAGCUCAAAAGAACUAUGAGCUUUCUAAUAUUCCACCUCUGAUAGAAUCUAAGAGUCGUGACUAUUCAUAUGUAAAACCACUGAAUGCUGGAUUUGGACCAAAUAAAACGAAAUGUUUAAUAAAUGAUAAAAUUGUCCAUUAUGACCUUAACGAUUAUAUUCAAGUUAUUCAAUCUUCAAAGACUCCUGAUGUACCAUCAGGAAAUGCAUUUAUUGUUAAGAACAACACUAUUCUAACUUGGGAUAAAAAUAAUUACACGAAGGUCACGGUCUACUUUUCAACUGAAUGGACUUCUAAAAGUUGGCUAAAAGGUGCUAUCGAAAAAGGUGCCUAUGACGGUGUGGUGGAGACUACAAGAGUAAUGAAUCAAGAGGUCGAAAAGAUGUUAAAAAGUGAUAUGUUUGAUAACAUGGCAGAUGGAAAACCGACAGAAAAGGAAAAAUCUGAAGAAAUUGUUGAAAUUUCUACACUACCGACUGCAGGUCCAGCUACACACUCACCAACAACACCACCUUACAAUAAGGAAAAAACUGAUGUGGUGGUAGAAGAAUCUAUGAAUAUCCCUGCUCCACUUGGAACUGUGUUCGAACUUUUGUAUGGUAACGACACAUCAUACUUUCUCUCUAUAUUAGAAAAGCAAAAUAACUUCAAUAUAUCCACUAUUCCAAAAUUCACAAACAAUGAGAGAGAAUUUAAUUAUAUCAAGAAACUAAACAAUUCUAUUGGGCCCAAACAAACUAAAUGUGUUGUUAGCGAAAAAAUUGAUCACAAAGACUUUAAUGAAUACACACUAACGACGCAAAUUGUUAGAUCCCCUGAUGUUCCAUAUGGGAACAGUUUUUCUGUUCACUCUAGAAUAUUUUUAUCAUGGGGUGCAUCAAACUCGACGAACAUGAUGGUUGUCACCAACGUUGUAUGGACAGGAAAAUCAUUACUUAAAGGUACAAUUGAAAAGGGCUCUAUUGAAGGACAAAGAAAUGGUUCACAUACCGUUGUUGCUGAAUUAAAAGAAAUAAUUUCAAACGCUGGCUCCACAAAGAAAAAGACCAGGAAAAGAACAAAGACAAUCAAACAAGCCUCAGAGACAAAACGUGAGAUUUCGACUACUACAAAUGUCCCGGCCGAUAUUGCAGACAAUUCGUCGCCAUCAUUAAUAUCUUCUUUGAUUGACAAUUUCGAUUUAACUUCCAUUUCAGGUAUAGUGGUUGCAUUAUUCACUGUGAUAUUUUUAAUUUCUUUAGUAAUCCGUUGGUUCCGCAGUGGCUCAGGUCCAUCUGUUGUAUUGGUAAGACCAGGUAGAAUUCUGAUUGAUGGAAAUGAAUAUAAUUACGUCCCUAAUAUCAAAACACUAUAUGAAGUUUACGAAGAUGAUAUUAUGAAUUCAAAGGGUAAUCAUUACAAAGGAUCUGAUUUCGUUGGCAAUGUUGUCACUAACUCUGAGAGCUCUAUCUGGGAUUGGCUAGAGAAUCGUGGUGAUGCUGUAGAUCGUUUUAAUCAACUAAGCUAUACGACGAACGAUAAGAAUAUAGACACGGAAUAUCAGAUAAAACAGAAGAAUAUACCUGACGCUAAAAAACUUCAAGAGUCAAUCAAAAUUACAGAACAGCAAUUAAAGGAAAUGAAACAUUUGUUGGAAAAAGCCGAAAAUUUGAAUUAA